UAAACUUCUUGUAGUAGUCUCUUAAAUUGCGCCCAAAAUAAUUGAAGUUUGUUUCUUCUUUCGAAUAGGUUGGUGCGUUCCUAUCAUCUCGUAGCGCCCGAGUACCAAACCCAUUGCGGGUAUAAACAUCAAAUGAUAGAAAACGUUUUUUCUUAAUAGCGGUCGUCUCUCAGCAGGAAUUUGGUAUCCAUUUGUACCCUGAAAAAGGGUCUCAUAAAAACCUCCUGCUGUUCGGAGUAGGCAUACUGUUUUAUGUUGCUCCAUUUGCGGCCCACCGAUUAGUUGUCACGUAAAAACUCACUCGGCUACAACGGCCAACCAGAUCAUUACUUAAUAAUAAGCUCAUAACAAAUUAAUUCUACGAGUAUAAAUAUUUUUAUAAAGAAAAUUAAAAACUUGAAAUCAGCAUCUAAAUCAAGCACAGAUUCAGCCAUAAUUAUAAAAUCACUAGUUCCCUGCAUAUUAUUGUUCAACAAUUUUCUUCAAGCUAAUUAUUACUCAAAUAAAUGUUAGUGAAUUUAUUAUUAUUUACAUAAAGUUUAAUAAAAACCAAAUUCUGCAAAUAUGUUUUAAAAUAUUGCUCGAAAUUUUUUUAAAAUGAUUGCUUGUGUUUUUAGUCAUUGUAAAUAACUUAAUUAUGAAACAUAUCUGAUGAACUCAAAAUGCAUAAAAGAUAAAAAUGUUCAAGCAACAAAUUAUAUUGAUUCUAAUUCUGGGCAACGUGAUUCUCGCAUAUCAUUCGUCUAUAAACAAUAUGUCUUAUAGUUCGAAUCAGAACUUGAACAACACAACAAAUAUUUUAAAGUCAAAUAGGAGCGGCAGAUUUCUUUUCGAUGCAAUAUUUCGAAUUAGCGCAGGAAUUUCAAACGCAUUUGGCUAUGAAGCAGAGGAAUAUGCUGAUUAUAACGAAGAUGUCCAUAUUAAAACCUGUGAAUGUGAUUGUGGAUAUCCCAACGAAGAAAUCAGGAUUAUUGGUGGCAGACCCACAGGUGUAAAUCAAUUCCCGUGGAUGGCACGCAUAGUCUAUGAUGGAAAAUUUCAUUGCGGUGGAUCCUUACUUACCAAAGAUUAUGUUUUAACUGCCGCGCAUUGUGUUAAGAAGCUACGAAAGUCUAAAAUAAGAAUUAUUUUUGGUGAUCACGAUCAACAUAUUACUUCAGAGUCAAACGCGAUCCAGAGGGCUAUAACUUCUAUAAUUAAGCACAGAAAUUUCGAUCCUGAUAGCUACAACAACGACAUAGCUUUGCUAAAACUGCGAAAACCGAUGACAUUUUCGAAAAUUAUAAAGCCCGUAUGCUUGCCACGUUAUAACUACGAUCCAGCAGGCACUUGGCUCUACAGAUGUGGGCAAACUUGUUCAUAUAGCGAAACUCAGUUGAAGAAUGCGUAAAAGUGAUCUGAACGUUUUAUAAAAAUGGCUGUUCUGCAAGAAGUGGAGUUUGCGCAUUCAGCUAUGAGGCACAUUGUCACCUAAACAGUUGGGAUACGGAAUAUCGUAUCGUUUGGUGUGGUUUAUGGAUUGCGGAUUCAUUGGACAGUGGUUCUUCUAAAAUUAUCUCGGUAAUGCCGUUGCAAUGAACCGUAAACAUUAUCGUGGCAGGAUAACAAACUUUUUAUGAUUUGAAUUGAAUGAUUUGGUGGCUCCAAUAUGGGAGAUAAAAUACCGCCGAGGUUCUUCACGAAUUGAGGGUCUCACAGCUUUUGGCAGAUGAUUUUUUAUAUGGAGUUUUUCAUGGCAGAAAUACACUCGAAGGUUUUCUAUUACGAGAAGUGACCGCCGAAAAUCUAUUCUAUCAUUUCGAGAACGAUCGAUUACAGUGGAUCCCCAUGCCAUAGCAAAUCCGCCGUAGACCGGCAUCCGACUCCGUUAGAGAACAGUCAAACGCUUCCGACUACAAGCCAACCAGUGGAUACGGAAAUGCAUAUCGUCCUGGAUUAGAGAGAAGGGAUGAGAGAGCAUUGAUAUCCUGUGUAAAACAGGAAUACUUGUAGGAGGCGAUUCUUCAUCGUGCACUGCAGUUUUGAUGUGAGAGGGGCUAGGUUGAUGGACGACCCGGGAACUGCGGAAUGCUCCACUCUAGGAACAAACGAUUUUAUGACAGCAGAAUUUCCGAUGACUAGUGUGCCUCAGUUAUAAAAUUCUCUUAUAAAGCUGAUAUGGAUGUAAAGUAUACAGCUUUGGGUCACUACCGGCUCUACUAACAUCGAUGUCUUAUAAGGAUUACAAACCAAUAUAUUUAAAACAAUCACAGCAGUGCCAGACUACGUUAAAAACUCAAACAUACACAAAGAUCUUCAAAUGUUCAUUGUCGAUGAGAAAAUCAACAACAACAGAGAAAAAUAUCCCAAACAAUUGCAGACCCAAACUCUCUUGAUACUGUUCUCGCACAAUCGGCUUAUCACAUCUACAUAGAAAGGAAACGACCGCCCCGCGUCAACUGUCUAACAUGCAAAUUUAAAAACUGACUACUAGACUUAGUUUUAGUUAUAACCGAUUCAUAAAUAAAACCUUGUAAAAGAAGUAAGGAACUAAAUUCGGCCAAACCGAACUUUAUGUAUCUGAUACAUAUUAGUAAAACCUAAUUCAUUUUAUUUAUUUAUUUAAUUUGAACUAUUGGUUUCUAAAUAUAAA